AUGUUUGCGUUAAAAAUAAGCAUUUGUAUACUUUUAUCACUUGUUUCUUUUUUGUUACAAUGUAAGAAUACGCUUGCUAAUGUAACUUCUGAACAAAAGGUAGAGACACAAUUGAGUUAUAGUAAGAAUGACGAUGUAGUAUAUGGACACAGAGAAUUUAAAGGAGCUGUUUAUGCAUUUUUAGGUUAUGAUAAUUGUACAAUACAAGUUCAUAAAACAGUUAAUGGAACUGAAUGGGAAAAAAAAAAUGAUGUAAAAACAAGUGGAACUAGUACUGGUACAGUGUAUUCAAUUUUUACUACUGAACAGAAGAUGAUAUUAAUUUUUAAAUGUGAUAAUAAAUUUUAUAUUACCCAAUGUGGAGAAGGAUUAGUAUGGUCAACACCAAAACUUAUAAACGUAUCUAAUCUUGUUGGUACAGAUACUAGCCCAGCUGUAUAUUCUGGUUCAUUACUAUCUAUGAAUAACGAUUUUGAAAAAUAUAUUUUGGUUUGUGAAAAUCAUAGUCAGAAUUAUAUAAAUGUACAAAAUGAAGAAUAUAUGAAGGAAAUACGUUUAUUAGGUAAAUGUUUAUUAUCUUUCGAUGAAGGAAAAACCUGGAGGAGUGAAUUAAUGGAUUUAUAUAGUGAUGAAGGUUAUACAAAAAUUAAUACUUUAAGAUUAUCUGAUUAUGGAGGUAAAAUACUUGUGAAAGGAACUAAUGCACAAAAUCUAGACAAAACAAUAAAAUCAAUAAUUCUUUUAUGUAGUAAUCUUCAUGAUUGGAAAUUAUUUUGUGCACUUCCAACCAUAAGAUUUAGUAAGGAUAUUUCAGUAGAAAAUAUGGCACAUUUUAAUACUUAUCAUUUAGCCAUUGUAAAAGAGCAAAAUAAAUUAAAACUUACCUUUACAUAUGAUUUAUUUGAAACAUUUGAUCCUCAAUAUUUGAACAUCGAAUUUGAGGGUGAUUCUCAUUAUUUUGUUUUAGCUAAUGAUCAAAUGGUAUAUUUAUUUUAUCGUGGAAGUGACAAAAAAAUUUAUGUUGUAAAAAUAAAAACACCACCAAGAAAAAUAGGUUGUGAGUUAACUACAGAUAAUACUGUAAAUAAAUUAUAUACAUAUACAUAUAAACAUAUAUUUAAUAAUAGCAUAAGUCCUAAAACAUGUAAAGUCCCAUCAUCCCAAUUAAAACAUUCGAGUGAUGGUUUAUAUAAAUUAUUUGAGGUAAGAUUACCAAAUGAUGUAAAAGUAACUGAUAAUUGUUUUAGAUAUUCUUUCUUGAGUGAUUUAAAUAGUAAAUAUCAUACUACUAUAAUAAAAACAAAAACUAUUAAAAAGUUAGAAAAUUAUAUAGAAGUGCAAUUUCAAUUCCCAACUUAUUAUACUAAAUUUUUAUAUAAUUAUAAAAGUGCCUAUUGUGUUCUAAGUAAUAAUUAUAGAAUUGUUGUAGAAUUUGAUUAUAUCCAUAAUCAUAUUGAUCUAGAUUUCCCUUUUGAAACAACGACUGUAAAUUUAUAUAGUAAUGAUAGUGUUAAACAUGCUUUUAGAAAUAAUACAGAUGAAUCACAUAAACAUAAUUUCCCAAAAGGUACUUAUAUGACAUCUUAUUUUAGUUAUGAAAAAGAAUAUAUUAUAUCUAAUUAUAUAGAAAAUAAUUUUCCCACUUCCUUUACUAUAUUAACACAAAGAAAAAUGAAUGCUAAUUUUAUUGCUGGUGGUGAAAAAUAUAUUUAUGAAGGUAUCGAUUUAGCUGAUUCUUCACCAAACUAUAAAUUAUCACUUAGUUCUGUUCCAGCUAGCCAAAAUGUUGAUAUCUUUGUAUCCAAAUUUGAUAAUAAUAAAACAUUAGGUUUUGUUUGUCCUGUUAAAAGUAGUUAUGACGGAUUAAAUUGUUUUGAUAAUGUUUAUAUUAAAAAUAAAACCCUUGUCAAGAUUGAAUACUUAUUUGGAGGAAAUGAUAUUUUUGUUGUUCCACAAAGAAGAAUAUAUAAACAGGAAGGUACAGCUAUGGAAUCUCUUUUAUAUUUAAAUGAAAACAAUGUAAAGAAAUUAAAAGAAGAUAAAAGUAUAAUACAUUUCUAUUGUGAAUGUAAUGUUAAUAAUAAACUAGUCAAAGUUAAUUAUUAUAUAUCUCCAUAUUAUGAUGAAAAUAGCAUAAAACAAGAAAUGAGCAAAAAAGAUGAAGAAAAACCUAUUAUUAAUAAAAGUAUACCAAAAAAUGAAAAUGAAAUUGUAGUCAAUAAUGAAAAGGUUGUUCCUUUAUCCAAUGAACCUGAAGAAAUUAUUCAACCAGUUGUUCAAGAAAAAUUAAGUACUAAUGAACCUUCAAAGGCUUAUAUAUAUGGAGCUAACCAUAUUUUUAUUGCAAUUAUAUCUAUAAUAUGGUUGUGUACCUCUUCUUUCAUAUAA